GAUUUCUGUGUGUCCGUCUGUCCGUCUGUCACCAGUCGAUGAUGCUUCAACCGCUGCGCUUUCUGCUCCUGGCCUCCGCUGUGCUGCUCUGCAACACCCUGCCCACCCCCACGGACAAACAUGGGGGUUCAGACACCAAGAGUCCUCUGAUGGUGAAAGUCCUGGAUGCCGUGAAAGGGACUCCAGCCGGAUCCGUGCCACUCAAAGUGUUUCAGAGGACUGCUGACGGGGGAUGGACACAGAUCGCUACUGGAGUGACAGAUGCCGCUGGAGAGGUCCAUGAUCUCCUCACAGAGCAGCAGUUCCCAGCGGGCGUGUAUCGAGUUGACUUUGAUACCAAAACCUACUGGAAGAAUGAGGGGAGCACACCAUUCCAUGAAGUAGCUGAUGUGGUGUUCGAGGCCCACGCUGAAGGCCAUCGUCACUACACCUUGGCCCUGUUGCUCAGUCCGUAUUCCUACACCACCACAGCCGUGGCCAUGGAUGCACACCAGUGA